AUGAAAGAACUGAAUCCUACAGAUCCCAUUGGGCAAAACCUAAUUAAGCUGAUAAGCAAUGUGUGUUUCUCAGUAUUUGUUUUCUCAGUCCUUAUAUUUACUGUGAUUGCAAUCACAUACCAACCCCCGGAUCCGUGGGAGUCCUCUCGAGCUCUGACCAAGGUUUUCACGGAGGUAGAAAAUGCCACUUUCAAAACGGAUUCUUCCAUCCUUAAAACUGGCGAGGACAUUGCCACUGCGCCAGUGGCAUCGCCUAUAGGAUCACUGGUCCCGAUUACUGAAGCUUCAAUUGAGAAAUCUGAGGAGGAACUUGAGAAAAACCUGACCUUGAAAUCAGGUUGUGAAGAUUUGCAUGUGAUCAAUUGUUCAGACCCUAAGGUUUUAAUUGCAAUCCAGAGGUUCAAUUUGAGGACUUUUAAGUCAAUAGCUUUUUUGGAUUAUCAAACACCAGUCAAUGGAUCGAAGCCUGAUGAAUGUGAUGUGGCGUGGAGGUUCAGGAACAAGAAAGAGAGGUCUUGGAGAAAGUAUAGGGAUUUCCGGAGGUUUAAGAUGGGCUUUAACGAUGAUUGUAGUUACAAGGUGAUUCAUCCAGGGCGAUGGCAUUCUGGUUUGAAUGCCCGCCGUCCUAGGAGUCGAAUUAAUGCCACCGGUAAUGGUCAAAAGGCAAAAAUUGCUCCAUCAGUGCGGGACAAUGAGAUCAAUGAUACGAUUCCUGUGAUGGGAUCAGAUUCGGCAUUUAGAAGGGGGAAGUACUUGUACUAUUCACGAGGAGGAGACUAUUGUAAAGGAAUGAAUCAUUAUCUUUGGAGCUUCUUGUGUGCCCUUGGUGAGGCCCAGUAUUUGAAUCGUACAUUUGUUAUGGAUUUGAGUAUUUGUCUAGCAUCAACUUAUACACAGACCAACAAGGAUGAGGAAGGAAAAGAUUUUAGAUUCUAUUUUGAUUUCGAGCAUUUGAAAGAAGUGUCUUCAAUUGUGGAUGAAGGGGAUUUCCUCGGAGAUUGGAAGAGAUGGGACAAGACCCAUAAAGCAAAAAUUCCAGUUAGAAAGGUUGCAAACUAUAAGGUGACACCAAUGCAACUAAGGAAAGAUAAAAGCUCGAUCAUAUGGAGGCAAUUUGACGCUCCUGAGCCAGAAAACUAUUGGUACAGGGUUUGUGAAGGUCCGGCAGCUAAAUAUAUUGAGAGGCCGUGGCAUGCGAUUUGGAAAUCAAAGAGAUUAAUGAACAUAGUUUCUGCUAUUAGUGGGAGCAUGGACUGGGAUUUUGAUGCAGUUCACGUGGUACGAGGGGAUAAAUCACAGAAUAAGGCGCUAUGGCCUAAUUUGGAUGCUGAUACAUCACCUGAUGCUCUUGUUACUAAGCUUCAAGGGAUGAUUGAACCUUGGAGAAAUGUGUACAUUGCUACCAAUGAACCAUUCUACAAUUACUUCGAUAAGCUGAGAUCUCAUUACAAAAUUCAUUUGCUUGAUGAUUACAAGUAUUUGUGGGGAAAUACGAGUGAGUGGUACAAUGAGACGACACUUCUGAAUGGUGGUCGCCCUGUUGGGUUUGAUGGUUACAUGAGAGUUGAAGUGGAUACUGAGGUCCUUUAUAGAGCAAAGACACGGGUAGAGACGUUCUACAACUUAACUAGAGAUUGCAAAGACGGAAUCAAUAUGUGCUCAACAGGUUAA